AUGCAAGCUUCCUCGUCUCUUUCGCUCCUUCAUUCAUCGUGUAGUCCUUACCUUCGUUCAUACAUGAUUUUUCCACCAAGUGGAUUCUCAGACGAUGCGAUUGACGAUUUGCGAUGGGUCUCCACUGAAACAAGCAGAAGAAGAAGAGGCCAUUUAGACAACCUCUAUGCUUCGAUUUU